CCGGGGAGCAGUUGCUAUAUCUGGCACCACAGCUGCCCAGCAGGCCGCUCAUAUAUCAACCCCGCAGGAGAAGCAGCUGAACAGCGCCUGUUUUACACCAUUAACACAGCUUAAAAAUGACGGAGACUCAGAGAACUGUCCAACAGACCACAGGUAAAUCUCUGGCCUUUCGCUCGCAGAAGGAGAUGUUUGAGAAGAUGGAGGAAUCUUUUAAAAUCUGCACAUUCUGUGAGAAGCGACCUGAGCAACUUUUAAACUCACAGAGCUUGAAGCGCUGUGCCAGAUGUCUAAAUGUUUACUACUGCUGUAAAGACUGUCAGAAGGAGGAUUGGCCCAAACACAAGAAGUUCUGCUCCCUGCUGCGUUUAGCUGCUGUUGACAGAGUUGUGGAAUGGCUUCGGUUCAAAGGCGACCUUCCAUUCCCAACAGAAAAGUGGUCAAAGCCCCAGUCAGAGAUUAAAACUUGGGAUGACUGGCUCGCCAUGCAGGGAGAUCUCACACCACGCCUUGAUCCCAUUAUCAGUGGAGCCAACAUGAAGGAUUUAUGGACCAAUGCCGGCAGGCCUCGUCCCAGUGACGAUGAUCUGAAGCAGUCUCUCUGGAGGGUCUGCAGCGAGUUCUUCUCCAGGCCUCUCACAAUAGCUUGGGGGAUGAGGCUGUUCGGUCUCAACCCAUGCUCCAAACCUCUCACCAUCCACCUGGUGGGUGCAGGUCACAGUGAAACGCUGGCAGCCAAACUGACCGACUAUGAUGAGCUGAAUAACAUGUUCCCUGGACACCAAGGCAUCGAGAUAGUCAUGGUGGGGCCAGAAGUGGUAAACAGCCCUAUUCUGAGGCCUCCUCUUAGAGCCUUUGGCCCCAAGCAGAGGGCCUACAUCAGUGCCUAUAAAGGCCUGUACCAUGAAUUCUGGGAGGAGCUGGUGGAGAAAGAAGAAGCAGCCAAGCCAGACCUGGUUGUUGGAUUUAAUCCAGGUUUUGAUGCGAGUCAAGGUCUUGACCAGGGUUGGCUUCCAACACUUCUGCUCCUCAGGGAUUAUGAUAUUCCCUCAAUGUUCAGCACUCUGAAUGAGACAGAGAUGACCUACUCUCUGCAAAUCCUGUUGGAGCUGGAGAUGGACAUGAAGGGAAGUGGAGCCAAUCCUUUUUCCUCUCUGAAGCCGGAGGUAGUGGGCUCAACCCCCAAUAAGCCUCCUGUCUACUGCAACUCGCACUACUUCAGCUUUCAGGGUCUGCUGGAGACUGCAGAGUUCGAGGAGCCAGAGUAGACCCGAAGGAGGCCUUCGAGAAUAGUAUUUGUCUACCUCACUUCCUGCCUGCUGGCUGGUGGGAUGAGCUGGCAUACCAGCCAGUCAGGGAGAGGUGGGACUCAAUGGUGAACUGGUAACCUUGUGGUUGCUAAAGGACACAGCAAUCUCACAGAAACUGCAUUCUUAAAUAUGAAAUACAAGCAAAGAGUUUUCUUGUUCUUACUUUUUUCUUCAUGGGAAAUUCUCGCAACUCAGUUUUACAUUCUAUAGAAGGUACACCUCAACCAGUGCUUCUGUAUUAGCUGUAUCGUUUUCAUAGACUGGACUGAUACAGCUACAGUAUUUCUGUGUUUAACUUUGUGCGCUCUGCCUGUGUUUCUUUACCAUAGAAAGUACUCCUAGCUCCGUGCCUCUGUGUUUAGCUCCGGUUAGCUCUUGAACCUGCUCUGUUUUUUUUUUCCUUUUGGUUGUUAAUUUAGGAUAGUUCUUCUUUGCAUGGCUGUUUCUUUCCAGGACAAAACAAUAGAUACUACUAAUUAUCCCAUUACUUUUGUGUAGUCUCUUUAUUUUUCUUUACAAUAGAAAGUAAUCCUGGUUUAGUUGUUGUCUUUAGCAGUUUCAUUUUAGGACAAAACAAUUGACGUGUAGCUUUUGCUAUCAUUAAUUUUGUGUACUAUUGUUUUUCUUUCCCCCACAAAGUACUCUUAGCACCGGGCUUCUACAUUUAGCUGUGUUGUGUUUCUUUCCUGGAAAAAUUAAGGGAAAUUAGAACUGCCAUCAUUAAUUUGUUAUCUCUCUGUAUUUUUCUUUCCAUAGAAAGUACCCCUGGCUUAGUCUCUCUGUGUUUAGUUGUUUCUUUCCAGAGGGAUGUUAACAGCAGUACUACUGGUAUCAUUACCUUAGUUAACACUUUGUUUUCUUUACCAUACAAGGUACCACUGGAUCAGUUCUUUUGUUAAGCUAUGUUUCUUUCAUGGAAAAAGCAAAAAGACAACACUGUUGAUGUAAAGUUAUUUGUGAACUAUCUUUGUGCUUCUGUCCCAUAGAAAGUAUGCCUGGCUCAUUCUAUCUGUGUUUAGUCAUUUUUUUCCAGCAUGACAUUAAUGGCAUGACAUUAAUGAUGCCAUUAACGCAGUAAACUCUGUUUUCUUAACCCCAGAAAGUAGCCCUGGCUCAGUUCUUCUGUGUUUGGCUGUUUCUAGAAGAAGCCACCAUUUAUUCCAUGCACGCUGUGUUUUUCUUUAUCAUAUCAACACUCGUGUCUCAGUGGUUCUGUGUUUUAUAGCAACCAUACUGGUGAAACCUUCUAGUGGUUAGGUUUAUGACUUUACACUGUUCGUGUCAUUAAUGAGUGAUAUACUGCAGUCUGUUUCUUCUUUUUUGUACAUGCACUGUUUUCAAUGUAAAUGUACAGAGGAUGCAUUUAAGGUCAGGGCGUCUCCUGUAACCGCGUGGUUUCUUACAUAUGUCAUUGUAGGAGCGCUCGGGCAGGCCCAUUUACAUGUAAGACACGAUAAGUCACGUGUUGAUAUUAAAUGACAGAACCAUGUA